UUUUAUCAACUUCAAGAAGCUGGGAAGCAUUUCCAUGAGCCCUUUCCAAGGAAGCUAUAGAAACUAGCUUCAGACAGCCAAGGUUGAUGGAAAGGCAUUGACAUAAGGAAGGAGGCAUGUGUGUGUUUAUAUAAAUUUCUGUGGGACUAAGACUAAGGUUAAAGAAGGAGAGAGUGAAAUAUAUAUUAACCUUAUGACCUGACAAUGUAGAUCUAAAUUAAAUAAAGUGGCAAAAAAGUAAAAUUCUAACAUUUUUAGUAUUCAUAUUGGUGGGAGUAUUUACAUUAUUAAGCUGCAGUUAAGAAAUAAAACAAGUAAUUAGGGAAUAUUUUAAUUUUACCACUCCCUGUGACUUUGAGAACUAAGAUUCUAUAUAUGGAGCAAAGACAGGUAAAAUAAAAUCCAAAAACUAAAAUAGUUUAUUAUUUUGACUUUAUAUUUAACUGGCUGGCUAGCCAUCCAUCCGAUUUUACUAGCUCUGGUAAAAAUCAAUAACCUCAUAGCAAUAAACCAGGUUUACAUAUUGUGAUCUUGAAGUAGAAUUUCUCAGUAAAAGGAACCAAAGCUUUUUGGUACAGUGGCUGAUUCCAGGUGUAGAGCAGGAAAAGUAUAUGAUGGGACUGUGAUAUGUUGUCCUAGAAGUGAGCAAGGAGGCUGUGAAAGAAACCUCCCGGGAUGAUGUCAGAUGAAGUCAGAAAUCAGCUGAAAGAGGCUGCCAAAUGAGGUCAACUUGACCUUCAUCACCGACAACAAUUACAAUGGAUUGAAUUCCAUCAAAUAUGCUAAAUUCCACAAAAUCAUUUUAUUUAAAAAAAAACCGCUAAUCAACUUUGGUAGUAACUAACUGUCCAAGGAACUACUAAGUAGAAAGAAAGAAUUGAAGAUUUACCUUGCCUUUCCACUGUGUAACUAAAUAUUAAAGAGAAAUUGAGUCACAAGUAUUCCAAGUAAUGAAGAGUUAAAUAUCACCAUUUCAUAAUAGUGAAUGACAUCAUUGACUGUUACUAUCAUAACAAAAGAAAUAAUCAGAUAUUAUGCAUUAAAUCUUUCCUAAAGGGCUACCAAAAGAAUAACACUGAUUCUGGUUCAAUCUUCAUAAAUAGCUGCCAAUUGACAGGAAAUACAUGGGCAAAACAAUCUAUUAAACUGCAUGAAGGAUACAAAAUCAGCAAAAUCCAGAUUUUAGCAGACUCUAGAAAUAAGAUAAUUGAAGUGUUUUAGCUGAAAAAUUGUAAGAAAAAAAAAUGAGAACUGAUAGAUUAAGAGACUUAAAAUAACAUGUCAAUUGUUGUAAGGUGUGUUGGGAGCUCGACCGAGUGAUAUGAGGCCUGUGGUGAGGAGUGAAGCCUGAGCUAGAUUGCCCCUCCCGUCGACCGAGUGAUAUGAGGCCUGUGGUGAGGAGUGAAGCCUGAGCUAGAUUACCCCUCCCAUCGAGUAUGCCAAGAUGGCGCCCAUUUCCUGCUCCCUAGCUAGUAAACAACACGCCCUGUAAGCUAGUCUGCCCAGCAACAGCUGACGCUGGCCAAUCAGCUCGUCUUGCCUACUUUGAUGUGAUUGGUCGAUGUGUCCAUAUAUAUGCUGACACCACCCCUGGGGCGAAAACACACACCAAGAAGAGGGACUGCUGAGAGAAGCACACAAGGAGCCGUAGGGAACGGACCAGAGGAGGCUUCCCUCAGGCGGGAUCCGAGAUCCCGGAACAGGGCGUACGGAGAGAGAAAAUAAAUCAGAGGCUAUCCGCCGACUACUCGUGUCGUGUGUUUUUUCCUGCCGGCCGGGAUCGACACCGACAUUUGGUGGCCCGUACGGGGAACUGAUCACCCCCGAGGCGAGGCGGACGACGCUCCAGUAUUGCUCUGCAGGACAGGAACCAGGACGAGAACCAUUGUGGGUCCCAGAACGGCUGACGCGUGUGGCGAAUCCAACGAAACAUAAUGCAGGAGACACUCCAAAACUCAACGGCAGCGGACAGCCUAAUCAAGAUCGGUCCGACCAGGAUAUUGCUGCUCGACCGAGGAAUACCGUAUGACUUAUGGGACACAGUAAUGAUUAUGCUCUCGAUAGUAAUUGGCUCUCUUUUAGGGUACGGUGCAGCCAGAGUGGCUAGGCCACGCCGCCUUCCGGCAGCCCCCUUCCUUCUGGUUUUGAUGCUCACCACCACUACUGAAAUAGGAGCAGACUUGGUGUGGGCAGCAAUACAUCAUCCGCCAGCGCUAGCCGCUAUCUCCACCACAGCCCCCUCUCUCCCAAAGUUGUAUGCAAAAAACUGCUCCGCCAGAUUGCCUUGCAUACCAGAUAUACCGUUAACCAUCAGACCCAUACGUUUUGACCUUCCCAUCACCAAUGACGUGGUCAUUUUUUCCACUAAUAGUAACCCCUCGUGUCACCGGGGAUCCUGCGUUAGCUUCCUGCCCCUCCUUGUAAAAUGGUACAAUACCUCCCUGACGGUGAGGUUGUCUGUCCCAUCCCUGCAUUCGCCUGGAUGUUUUAAAGCUGGCACACUUAGCGGCGGAGUCAUCACUUUUAACUCAACCUGCAAACCCCGAGCAGCCAUGCACACCCGUCCCGAUUUCCCCACAUGCCCAUACCGUGUGUCCCCAAGCCGAAAAAGACAGAUGGUGGACCUGUCACAACUUUCAUGGCAGCCCUGUACUGUCGACGGCGUGGGAGUGACUCAUCUAAACAUGUCUUGGUGGUCCCGGUUCUCUCCUCCAUCCGGUAGUAACAACAUAUUCGCGUUGACCUGGUGGGAGUCCUACCUGAGAGUGAACAACAAGUGGGCAAUAAGCUUCCCCUUCCCCCUUAAUGAAAAUUGGUUGUGCCUCUCCACCGGAGCCUGCAUGGACUUAAGACCCAUGCUCGCUAUUAACGCUUCUGCCUCUAAUGGAACCACCAAUGUCACCCUUAAUUCUGAGGCUGCAUGCGUAAAACCGCCCUACUUAUGGGUAUUCUCUGCUGACAUCUCCUUUAAGUGCAGUAACCAACCAUGCUUUACAGGGAACUGCUGGAAUGGGUCUUUCCCGUAUGCUAUGUUGGCUCUUCGACCCCCACUGAUGUGGGUUCCCUUUAACGAAUCUGUUUGGGUUCAUCCCGUCUAUCAGCAGGACCAACUACCCAUGCUCAGACGUAAGAGAGAUUUUGGGAUCACAGCGGCCCUGACAGCACUGUUCGUGACUCUGACUGCGACGGCUGUGACGGCUGCCGUUGCUCUGACCCAGUCUACGCUGACGGCUCAGGCCUUUACCAAUCUUACGGACACCACCUCCCUGGCGCUGAGGGAGCAACAAGAAGUCAACCUCCUCCAGCACAACGCCAUAAUGGCGUUACAGCAGCAGAUCGACCUAAUCGCUCAGGAAGUCCAGGGACUCUGGGAGGUGGCUAACAAUUUAUGUGACGCCAGAUGGGCAUUCACCCAGUUGUGCGUUACCCCCAUCCAGGUCAACCGUUCGGCUUACAGGCAAUUUCAGGAUUAUGUUCUCACCACCUAUAAUUCUUCCUUUUGGAACGCUAGCGUGCGCCUGGAUAUGACUAUCCGGCAGCUAGAUCAGAUAGAGGUGCCUAUACUUACAGCCUCCUUUUUUGAUGAUGUCCUAAGCCAGAUAGGCUCCUUCUUCAAACCUUCGUCACUUCUUGCGUAUGGGAUCAUUCUUGCUCUUGUGAUUGUCACUCUCGUGACUCUUAGGUGCCUGCGGUCGAUAAGGGCGACCCAAAAGACACAUAUGACAUUGAUGAUGUUGCUGGCCCAGAGUCAAGGGGAUUCCACACCUAGCGUUUUCUGGGCUCAGGCUAGAAAGGCACGGCUCCUUUAACCAGUACGUGGCUGCCCUCGCCAUUAUUCUUACGGAUGUUCUAGUAUUAUUACGUACGUCUCCUUCCCCGUCGCGGCUGCGAACUUAGACUAGAAGGACCCCACGCUUAAGGCGUGUUCCCAUUGAUAAUUAGAAAAUAGUAAUUAGUGAUUGUAGUGAACGGGGAUUAUGGUUGGUAAUUAGUAAUUACGCGGUUCCUCAAAUGUCACUCGGCUGACCCCUCCGUGUCUCCCCCAAGAUAUAAGCUUUAAGAGUUGAGUGGGCAAGCCAACGACGGGUAAGACGGGAGAAGUUCUCCUGAUCAACCUAAGACAGGCUCUACUCCGAGGGUCCUCUAGGGAGUGAGAGUUAUGGCAUUGAGAUGCGAGACCAAGGGUACUGCAGUGCCAUCCGCCUCGAGGGUUGAGGGGAAGGCAGGAAUGAAUGUCUAUAUGCAUCCAGGUUCGGUUCACAAAAGCCUGGCCCUGCGAAAAAAUGAACCACUCACCUUGAGCAUGGUCCUGGCGCAAGGAUAUGUACGAGACAAGGUGAUGCACAGCAGGGUAUAGACCUCUACAUUCUCUCAUGCCUCGGCCUGCGAAAUAGGCCCACUCCCAGACACCUCACAUGGACCCACAGACCGCCCUAUCUUAAUAAAUAAAGAAGGGGGAGAUGUUGGGAGCUCGACCGAGUGAUAUGAGGCCUGUGGUGAGGAGUGAAGCCUGAGCUAGAUUGCCCCUCCCGUCGACCGAGUGAUAUGAGGCCUGUGGUGAGGAGUGAAGCCUGAGCUAGAUUACCCCUCCCAUCGAGUAUGCCAAGAUGGCGCCCAUUUCCUGCUCCCUAGCUAGUAAACAACACGCCCUGUAAGCUAGUCUGCCCAGCAACAGCUGACGCUGGCCAAUCAGCUCGUCUUGCCUACUUUGAUGUGAUUGGUCGAUGUGUCCAUAUAUAUGCUGACACCACCCCUGGGGCGAAAACACACACCAAGAAGAGGGACUGCUGAGAGAAGCACACAAGGAGCCGUAGGGAACGGACCAGAGGAGGCUUCCCUCAGGCGGGAUCCGAGAUCCCGGAACAGGGCGUACGGAGAGAGAAAAUAAAUCAGAGGCUAUCCGCCGA